AUGUAUCCGGCCAUGCUUCCCACUCCUCCACCCUCCCCCACCCCCCGUUGCUUUUCUCCCGAGGAUCGUUUAGGAUACAUCUUGGCCAACCGGCUGGAACUCACAGGUAUCCUAGGCGUCGGCGCCUAUGGAGUCGUAUAUACCGCCGUGGACAUCCACACCCACAUCCGCUAUGCCGUCAAAGCGCUCAACAAGACAGGGCUGGAUCCCCGACAACUCAAAUUCCAGCACCGUGAGAUCCGGCUGCACCACCUGGCCAGCCAACAUCCUAAUGUUGUGUCUCUUGUCCGCAUAAUGGAUUCCGUGGAUUGCACCUACGUCGUUAUGGAGUUCUGUCCGGAGGGAGACCUGUUCUCCAGCAUCACCGACCAGGGCAACUACAUCGGCAAUGACCCCUUGGUCAAGCGGGUGUUUUUGCAACUGCUGGAUGCCGUUCAAUUCUGCCACUCCCUCGGGAUAUACCACCGGGAUCUCAAGCCUGAGAACGUCUUGGUGACGGACCAGGGAAUGACCGUGAAACUGGCGGAUUUUGGCCUGGCCACCACGGACUACUUUACCUCGGACUUCGGUUGCGGUUCCACAUUCUACAUGUCGCCCGAAUGUCAACAAACAAAUCCUCGCCCCAUGUCCUGUUAUGCUUCGGCCGCCAAUGAUGUCUGGAGCUUGGGUGUGAUGCUGGUCAAUCUGACUUGCGGGCGCAACCCAUGGAAGCGCGCCUCAUUUGAGGAUUCUACCUUCCGGGCUUAUCUCAAGGAUCCACUCUUCCUGAAGUCCAUCUUGCCCCUGUCUACGGAGCUGGUCUGCAUCCUUGGCCGAGUUUUCGAACGCGACCCGGCUAAGAGGAUUACCAUUCCCGAGCUGCAUCAACUGAUAGUGGAUUGCCCGCGAUUCACGGAGUCGCCCCUCCCCGCCGCUGCCACUACAACGGCGACAGCCACCAACCCAUGGGGACCGGAACAGAUUCCGCAGGCCGACGACCUCUUUGCCCAGCCCCCGAUGCCCUUCAUCCCCCUGGAACCUCUGCAUGCCGAGCCCUCUGGUUCUUCCUCGGAUUCCAGCUACUACUCGGACUUCUCCGAGUCCGCUGUGUCCGAUGCAUCUGCCUUGACCGAGGACUACUCCGACAUCAAUUGCAUGUCCCCGGUCAUCUCGGAACAGGUGCCAGACUGCAAGGUGGUGUUUCCCAACUCCAUGUGCGUGGAGCACCCCGUUCCGACGGAUAGCUUCAUCAUGGGCCCACCGAUCCCG